AUGAAUUCACUUCUUCGGUUAAGUCAAUUGGCUGGACCAUCAAAUCUCCGAGCUCUUCACACAUCAAAAUCUUUCUGGGUUCGUUCUUUUAUUAAUUGAAACUUGCAUCAAUACAAGUUCCUGUUCUGUAUUAUCAAAUCAAAUCUAUUGAAAACUGUCUUUCGUUGCAAACUUAAUCGUUUGUAAACAAAACAAUGAAGAUUAUUCCUCUUUCAAAAGAAUCUAUGAAUGAGAUUAAAUCUAAAAUUUAAAAUAUUCACUCGUAUCUUUCACGCUAUCUUUCAAAAUAUAAUGGAGGAAUUUUUCUCAUUUCGAUGUUUUUAAUAGAGAAGUAGAUAUCAUUUUGCGAAAUCCCAUAAUUGUUUAUUUUUCCAGAGCAAGGUUCCAAUCUCCAAAUUCGAACCAAAAUCGUAUUUGCCAUAUGAGAAACUUUCCCAAAAUGUCAAAAUUGUCAGGGAUAGGUGAGUUUGUACGGGUCAAAGUAACUCGUGUUUAAAAAUAUAAAACAAAAAAAUGUUGUAUGAUAUGUCAUGUGCGUCUGUAGUCAAAAAACAUGUAUUUUUAUCAGUCCAUCUAAUUUUUGUUGAUCAAUAGAAACAAAAACAGAAGUGAACAUUUUGGGAAGUUUUUUUAGAAUUGAAAAUAUUUUGAAUUUUCUCAAUAUCCAGUGUAAAAUUGAGCGAACGCAUGAGAGCCGCCUGUUUCUUUUUCACCUCCAUUGUGUAAACAUAGUGUUUCAAUUAUCUCGUGUAGCCUAAACUGUUUUGUUGAUCAAAAUUCACCAGUGUAUACAAAUAAUUUUGUUUAAAAGAAUCUUUAAAAAUAUGAUAUCACGAGUUUGAAGUCUAACGACUUUGUUCGUUCUUUGAAAUCGUUUUGUUUGCAUUGAGUGUUCUAUGCACUUCUUCGCUGAUCAGUUUUUCGGCACUUGUUGAGAUAUUUUUUGAAUGAUCUUAGUUUUCAAUGAUUGUUCAUACUAUUUGACCUUGAGAUAAUAAUUUUGAUGGAUUGAAACGUGUUUACUAAAUAAUUUACUUGAUAAAAAAAUAUUGGAGGAACUUUUUUUCCUUUUUGCAUUAAAAGAAUAAUAUUUUUCCAGACUCAAGAGACCAUUGACUCUCUCUGAAAAGAUUCUCUAUGGACAUUUGGAUCAACCAAAAACUCAAGAUAUCGAAAGAGGAACUUCAUACCUCCGUCUUCGCCCAGAUCGUGUUGCUAUGCAAGAUGCGACCGCUCAAAUGGCUAUGCUUCAAUUCAUCAGCUCCGGACUUCCACAAACAGCUGUUCCAUCCACCAUUCACUGUGAUCACUUGAUCGAAGCUCAAAAAGGAGGAGCUCAAGAUUUGGCUCGUGCUAAAGAUUUGAACAAAGAAGUUUACAACUUCUUGUCAUCAGCUGGAAGCAAAUAUGGAGUCGGAUUCUGGAAACCGGGAUCGGGAAUUAUCCAUCAAAUCAUCCUCGAAAAUUACGCUUUCCCAGGACUUUUGCUCAUCGGAACUGAUUCACACACACCAAAUGGAGGAGGUCUCGGAGGUCUUUGCAUCGGAGUUGGAGGUGCUGAUGCUGUUGAUGUUAUGGCUGAUAUUCCAUGGGAAUUGAAAUGCCCAAAAGUUAUUGGAAUUAAAUUGACCGGAAAAUUGAGCGGAUGGACUUCAGCUAAGGAUGUUAUCCUUAAGGUUGCUGAUAUUCUUACCGUUAAAGGAGGAACUGGAGCUAUUGUUGAAUACUUCGGUCCAGGAGUUGACUCACUUUCAGCCACUGGAAUGGGAACUAUCUGUAACAUGGGAGCUGAAAUUGGAGCCACCACAUCUGUCUUCCCAUACAAUGAGAGCAUGUACAAAUAUCUUGAAGCUACUGGACGUAAAGAUAUUGCUGAAGAAGCCAAGAAAUACAAAUCUUUGUUGACCGCUGAUGAUGGAGCUCACUACGAUCAAGUCAUUGAGAUCAAUCUUGAUACUCUUGUCCCACAUGUCAAUGGACCAUUCACCCCAGAUCUUGCCUCACCAAUCGAUAAAUUGGGAGCUAAUGCUGAAAAGAACGGAUGGCCACUUGAUGUUAAAGUUUCGCUCAUCGGAUCAUGCACAAAUUCAUCAUACGAAGAUAUGACUCGCGCUGCUUCAAUCGCCAAACAAGCUUUGGACAAAGGAUUGAAGGCCAAGACUUUGUUCACCAUCACUCCAGGAUCUGAACAAGUUCGUGCCACCAUCGAACGUGACGGUUUGUCCAAGAUUUUCGCUGAUUUCGGAGGAGUCGUUCUCGCCAACGCUUGUGGACCAUGUAUCGGACAAUGGGAUCGUCAAGAUGUUAAAAAGGGAGACAAGAACACCAUUGUCACCUCAUACAACAGAAACUUCACCGGAAGAAAUGAUGCCAAUCCAGCCACUCAUGGUUUCGUUACAUCUCCAGAUAUCACAACCGCUAUGGCCAUUUCUGGACGUCUUGACUUCAAUCCACUCACCGACGAACUUACUGCCGCUGACGGUUUGUUUAUUUUUUAUUUUGAAGUUAAAAUUGGAAUGAAUGAAGAAUCUCUAGAUUUUUUGAAACUGAAAGAAAACUUUUGAGAUAUUCAAUUUUUUUUUGAAAUAUCAACUCUUUUUCAGGAUCCAAAUUCAAACUUCAACCACCAACUGGACAAGAUUUGCCAGCCCGCGGAUACGAUCCAGGAGAGGACACCUUCCAAGCCCCAAGCGGAUCAGGACAAGUCGAUGUUUCUCCAUCAUCCGAACGUCUUCAACUCUUGUCUCCAUUCGACAAAUGGAACGGAAAAGACUUGGAAGAUAUGAAGAUCUUGAUCAAAGUCAAAGGAAAGUGUACCACCGAUCACAUUUCUGCUGCUGGACCAUGGCUUAAAUACCGUGGACAUUUAGACAACAUUUCAAACAACUUGUUCUUGACCGCUGUCAAUGCUGAUAACGGAGAAAUGAACAAGGUCAAAAAUCAAGUCACUGGUGAAUUUGGAGCUGUUCCAGCUACUGCCAGAAAAUACAAAGCUGAUGUAAGUUAUUUGGAUUUCAGUGUGGAAAAAAAACAAAGUUAUUAUUUUAGGGAGUUAAAUGGGUUGCUAUCGGAGACGAAAACUACGGAGAAGGAUCAUCUCGCGAACAUGCUGCUCUUGAACCACGUCAUCUUGGAGGACGCGCUAUUAUUGUCAAAUCAUUCGCCCGUAUUCAUGGUAAGGUUCAAAUUGAAAAUUGUGCCAUAAUUGUUAUUCUGAAACAUUUUAGAAACCAACUUGAAAAAGCAAGGAAUGCUCCCAUUGACUUUCGCCAAUCCAGCUGACUACGACAAAAUCGACCCAACUGAUAAUGUUUCGAUCGUUGGAUUGAAGAGUUUCGCCCCAGGAAAACCACUUAAGGGAGUUUUCAAGAAGACCAACGGAUCACAAGUGAGUUUUAAUUCAAAAAAUAAAUGCUUGAAAAAUGUUUUACUUUGUGAAUCUAACGGAUUUGGAAGUGGAAAAACAAGCUUCUAUUUUUCCUGAUGUCACAUCUCAAACCCAAACUUCAGUAAAAUUUUAAAAUUCUGGAUAUUUCACAUAAUCAAGUUCAAAAAAUUUUGAUUUUAGGUCGAAAUUGUUUUGAACCACACCUUCAAUGAGCAACAAAUCGAAUGGUUCAAGGCUGGAUCAGCUCUUAACCGAAUGAAGGAAGUCUUCUCGCAACGAAAAUAA